UCAUUUUGGUAGCUCAUUCUCCAACGCAGAAGAAGAAAGUUCAUGGUAACCAGGCAACCAAGGAAGCUAUAGUUGACAACUGCUAACAGUAAUCGCUAGCCAACUGCCGUCUAGAGAGUCCUUUGAGGCAAUAAAAUAAUUUUCCAGAGACCAGGCUAUUGACAUUUGGGACACAGCACUUCUGUGACAUCUUGGCUGUCAUCAACACCAUGUCCUGUGCUAUUGAUAACAACUCCAAGCCAAAGUCCAUGAGCAGAGCCAAAGGAUGGACUACAGAGGUGGAAAACCUGUUCAGAUUCCAACAGGCAGGCUACAGAGAUGAACUGGAAUACAUACAAGUCAAACAAGGGGCUUUGAUUGACAAAUGGCCAGAGACCGGCUUUGUGAAGAAGCUCCAGCGUCGAGACAACACAUUUUAUUACUACAGCAGGAAAAGAGAAUGUCUGGACCGCGACGUCCAAAAAGUGAAAGUCUACGCAUAUUAAGGUGUUCUGAACUCUCCCAUCCUUUGAGGAUGCCAGUUAUUAUUAUGAUACAGCCAAUACAUGUCAACAAACUUGGGCACAGAUUAUAACCCUUUUUGUUUUCAAUAAAUGAAUUUUUAAACUGCAUAUAA